AUGUCCCUCGCUCACACAGCUGCAGAGUACAUGCUAUCAGAUGCCCUGCUGCCUGACCGCAGGGGCCCCCGCCUCAAAGGACUACGCCUGGAACUUCCCCUGGACCGAAUGGUCAAGUUCAUAGCUGUGGGCUUCCCCUUGUUGCUGAUGUCCCUAGCAUUCGCCCAGGAGUUCUCUUCCGGGCCCCCCAUCCGCUGCUUCUCGCCCAGUAACUUCAGCAUCCGGCAGGCUGCCUAUGUGGACGGUUCCUGCUGGGACUCACUUGUUCACCACGAACAGGAUGAACUUGGCCAGUACAAGACGAAAUCCCUGUGGCCUCACAAGGUCCUGCCCUACUCCCUGCUGGCCUUGGCUGUGGUCAUGUACCUGCCUGUUCUGCUGUGGCAGUACGCAGCCGCGCCGGCCCUCAGCUCGGAUCUUCUCUUCAUCAUCAGCGAACUGGACAAAUCCUACAAUCGCUCCAUCCGCCUGGUGCAGCACAUGUUGAAGAUCCGGCAGAAGAGCUCAGACCCCCAUGUCUUCUGGGAUGAGCUGGAGAAGGCUCGGAAAGAACGAUACUUUGAAUUCCCCUUGCUAGAGCGGUACCUGGCAUGUAAGCAGCGCUCACAUUCCCUAGUGGCUACCUACCUCCUGAGGAACUCCCUCUUGCUCCUCUUCACCUCAGCCAUCUACCUGUACCUUGGCCAUUUCCACCUGGAUGUCUUCUUCCAAGAGGAGUUCAGCUGUUCCAUCAAGACAGGCCUGCUAAAUGAUGAGACCCACGUGCCCCAUCUGAUCACGUGCAGGCUGACCUCUCUGUCCAUUUUGCAAAUCGUUAGCCUCUCCAGCUUAACAAUAUACACCCUGUUGGUUCCAGUGAUAAUAUACAACCUCACACGACUGUGUCGGUGGGACAAACGACUCCUAUCCGUCUAUGAGAUGCUGCCGGCUUUCGAUCUCCUCAGCAGAAAGAUGCUGGGGUGCCCCAUCAAUGACCUCAAUGUGAUCCUUCUUUUCCUCCGCGCCAACAUCUCUGAACUCAUCUCUUUUAGCUGGUUGAGUGUCUUAUGUGUUUUGAAGGACACAACCACCCAGAAGCACAACAUUGACACAGUGGUUGAUUUCAUGACAUUAUUGGCUGGAUUAGAACCCACAAAACCUAAACAUCUCACCCACCGGGUGUGCGAUGAAAACCCAUAGUUAAGAAACCAUGGAGCAAGAAAAUUUAUGGAAAGUAAAAAUCUCUCUCCUUCUUCACAAGCCUCACACACCAAGAUACAAAAAUACACACUUUAGAAAUGCUAAGUGCGGAUUCAGCUGAAUCAUACAUCCUGUAUCAUGUUUUCCUAAAGGUGAGAAGAUAAAAUCAACGCAUGAAAACAAGUCUGAAUGUUGGAGUUGAAGAGUCAAAGAACUAAAAACUUAGAUCUAGAGCAUUCUAUGAGGAUGGGGGGAAAAGAAACACCUAAAACUAAACCUAAGUCUAGACAUUCUACUAGGAAAGAAGGUGCUAAAAGCUAUUUAUGGAAGCAGGCUCUUUUCAGUAUAUGUACGCCCUGGCCCUCUGGAAUGCACACUCAGCUCAACCCAAAGAGCAAAAGGGCAAUCUGCUAAGUGAAUAAAAAUGUGAAA